AUGGAUUCGACUUUAGAAGAGCAAAGUAAUCAUGGGACCGAUGAUAAAAUUUCAGUAAAGAGUGAAAAUGUGAAUUUGCAACAAAGUGUGAAGGGUAAGAAGGGACAUAAAAGGUCCGAUGUGUGGGCUCAUUUUGAUAUAAAGAAUGAUGGAACUGUAGAAUGCAUUUAUUGUGGACAAGUGUAUAAGCAUCAAUCUAAAAGUGGGACUAGUACAUUGCGAAAUCAUAUCGACGAUUUAUGCAAAAAAUAUCCAUAUAGGUUUCAAGACAAAAGGCAAAAGACAUUAAAUUUCUAUGGUAACUCUAGAAAUGAUGAGGUUUUAGAGAGUGUUAGUAGUGGUGGACAACUUGUCAAGUUUACUCAAAAAGGGGUGAGAGAACAAAUUACUAAGUACUUUAUAUUAUCUGAGUUACCUUUUCGACACGUUGAAGAUGAAGGUUUUCAAGGUAUUUUUUUUUCGACUUUUGAUUUUCCUUCAAGGAUGACAGUUGCUAGGGAUAUAUAUCGUUUGUUUCUUGAUGAGAAGAAGAAAUUGAGGAAAGAAUUGAGUAAACACUGA